AUGCUGGCCGCCGCGGCCGCCCGCGCCGCUUGCCGGAUCCGGUUCGCGUCGACGAUGCUUGGCGCCCACGGCCUCAAUUUCGCCAAGGGCGCCGAGGAGAUUCGCAGCGGCCUGAGCGCGCUGGUCGACACCUACGAGGCAAAGGUGGAAGCCCUGGUGGCCGAGUCCACGAAGCUGCUUGCCGAGGGGGGUGCGGAGAGGGACCCGCGCCGGUUGUUCGAGGCGGCGUUCCACAGGCUCGCGGACGCCGACGGCCACGCCUCGCUGGCCAGCGCGGAGUUGACGCUCCCGGCGCUGGUGAGCGGCGACAGGGAGGCCCGAGCCGCAUCGAGCGAGGCCAAGAAGGCGCUGCAGCAGAUGUGGGCCCGAGCCCACAUUCGGCGGCGAGUCCAGGGGGGAAGGCCGAGGUGA